UUUAAGAAGUUUGUCAUCACAGCCACAAUUUAGUCAUAUGCACCGACUAAGAUGUCAAUGUGGAAGAAUCAACAAAAAUGAACACGUAAGGUGGCCGGGUUGGAUAACAAUUCAAAAUUGAUCAUAAGAUUUAAAUCAGUAAGUGUUUGUGGCUGUGAAUUACUUGUUUUUGUGAAGAAAUUGAAAUUGUUAAUACUUGAUAGGGUGGGGCUGCUACCAAUAAAACAAGUUUUUAUUAUCAGCUGUUGGUCCCAAAUUUCUGAAUUCUGCACACGGGCACAACACAAAAGCUGAACUUGUUCACGAUUUCCCAAUUCCAAAUAAUUGUGAGAGACAAAGAUGGAAGGAUUUGAAGAGAUACAACACAAAUUUAUAGAUGUCAAUGGGAUCAAGAUGCACGUUGCAGAAUUGGGUCAAGGCCCUACCGUGUUACUCGUUCACGGUUUUCCUGAACUCUGGUACUCUUGGCGCCACCAGAUCCGUUUCUUAGCCACCCAUGGAUACCGUGCUGUAGCCCCUGAUCUCCGUGGCUACGGAGACACAACUGGUGCACCUCUAGAUGAUCAUACCAAAUUCAGUAUAAUGCACGCUGUAGGUGAUCUGGUUGCACUCAUUGACGCCAUUGGUGGAGAUAAGAAGGUAUUUGUUGUUGGGCAUGAUUGGGGUGCUAUUAUCGCUUGGAGACUCUGUUUGUUUAGACCUGAUAAAGUCAAAGCCUUGAUCAACUUGAGUGUUCAGUUUACUCCAAGAAAUCCUGGACAGAAACCUGUUCAAAGAUUUCGUGCUGCAUAUGGAGAGGAUCACUACAUUUGCAGAUUCCAGGAAACAGGAGAAAUGGAAGCUGUUUUUGCAAGUCUCGGAACUAAAAAAGUGCUAACAAAAUUCUUGACGUACCGUGAUCCCCGUCCUUUUUAUUUUCCCAAAGGUAAACCUUUUGGAGAUGCACAUGAUACUCAAGUCAUCUUGCCUGGUUGGUUAUCUGAAGAAGAUAUUGAUUAUUACACCCAAAAAUUUGACCAAACUGGCUUCAGCGGAGGGAUAAACUACUACCGUUGUUUUGAUCUAAAUUGGGAACUUGAAGCACCUUGGACGGAGGCUAAAAUCAAUGUACCAGUGAAGUUUGUUGUUGGUGAGUUAGAUUUGGUGUAUAGUAUCCCAGGCAACAAGGAAUACAUACACAAUGGUGGAUUUCACAAAUAUGUACCUAUGUUGGAAGAAGUUGUCGUGAUUAAAGAUGCGGCUCAUUUCAUCACUCAAGAGGUACCAGAUAAGGUCAACAAACACAUUUACGACUUCCUUCAGAAGUUCUAAUCCUCCUUUGAUAUGCUUUUGUAAUGUGCAUGAUGUUCCCAUGAUUCUACAGAAAUAUCAAGGUCUCGGUUUAAUAAUGUAUGCGUUUAGGUUACUCAGAUGUCUGUGCAAUAACAUACAAGUGUAACAAUUUAAGCAAUUAAAAAUUACCCCCUUAAGAUA